AUGGAUGAAGGCCAACGUGACAAAGCGAAGAAGCCAGUCUUCACAAUCGAGCGAGGACACGCAUCUGGACACCAGGGCUGGCCACCAGGCAUGCGACCGCUUUCGGAUAUUCGAGAACUUACUGAGCCAAGUCUGGUCGAUGCUCUGGAGAAGAGGCCAACAGCAAGCAUCCACCGUCAACCCAGCAUCACUCGACAAAGUUCGCUCAGAAGAGGCCCCUCACUGAAGCGUGCUGGCUCGGUCAGGAUCAUUGAGCCCGUCGGAAGCUCCAGCUCUAGUUAUAAGGAUGAUUUGGUUGCAACCGAGUCGACGACCGACACACCAGAAAGCCUGCGCGAUGGCUCAAGUUUAUACAGCAUACCUAUUUCGAGCAUUCCCGCCCGACAGUCGUCGAACACUCGCGAUCAUCCUAGACAUUAUCGUAGUGCAACAUCUAGAUCGUCUCCGACGCCCCGUCAGCGAAAUAUGAGUCAAACGAUUCCGUAUCGUGGGCAAACGCAUUCUCCCGUCAAGCAGGUUAGAGCCCGCUUGGAUGCCGUCGGGUCAGAUACGUCAAGACGCACACCUUCCGGCACAUUUAUUCGAAACCCUGUUCCUCGAGAUAUCCUCGAGUUUCCUACCCAUCGCCAUCCCCGUAUCGGCGUUGAUCUACAAAUAGCGGCUCCUCUGUUCGUUGGUGGAGGGACUGUCGAGGGUUUCGUCAGAGUGAUUGUCGACGAAGCAGACAAGUCACGCAACAAGANNAAAAGCCUUACCCUUGGCAGAAUAGCAGUAGAUCUCAUUGGCACCGAGGAGACAUCGAGCAAUCGCAAGGCAAUCUUUCUGUCAUUGGGUACAGAACUGAUCGACUCGACUCACCCACCGCCUCGCAACAUGGUAGAACCACAAGACUUUCCAGACGCCGAUUGUUUCUGGUCUUUGAUACCUUCUUUCACAAGUUUGCCGUUCGUCGUCAGCCUGCCUCUGGAUACAGGGCCCCCUCCCUUUCACUCCAAGCAUGCUCGUAUCCGGUUUGUACUUUGUGCUACCAUCUUGAUCAAAGAUGGAGGCCGGCAGUACUUGGUUCGAUGCUCUGAAGACAUAUCUGUAUUGCCCACAUAUGACCCAGAGAAGGCCUUGAGAUCGCUCCCAAGUCCGCUGACCGCGUCCGAUGAGCAAUCCUUCUCACGAUCCGGACUCCUCGAGACAGCUAAGAUGACUGCAGGCCUACAUCGACAAGUCUGGGUGAGUGGUAGCAGCAUUUUUGUUGACAUACACAUCGCCAAUGGCACUCGUAAGACCAUAAAAAGGCUUGAUCUAAGCUUGGAAAGAGACAUAUUGUGCUACAGACAUGUAAGUCUCGCGAGUCACCGCCGUUUUACUACUCGUUCUAACCACCAUACAGNNGCGGCAGCAGCUACUUUGGAGCAGUCUGCCAGCCAAGCAAGGAUAUUCGAGAGCAACGAGCGAUCGAUAUUAAGCAAGCAUAGCAUGAAGCAAGGUGCCAAUGGGUGGUCUGGAAUUGAAGCAUAUGGAUCUAUCACAAGGACAUGCGACCUUGAAAUUCCACGCGGACAUGCCACUGUAAAAUGCGGUAUGUCAAUCGACCAUUCUAUGGUUGACAAGUUCUUACUGACUUCCUUUANNGGCAAUUACUUCGAGGUACGGUAUUUUCUCAAUGUCACUGUUGGAGGGUCUCGCACCAGCUUCCACAGAAAAAUGCUAUCUGUUCAGCUACCCAUCAUCGUCAUCCACAUGGUAAGCAAACCAUCAUGGUCGUCCGCACAAGGUCUAAAAUUGCAGCAGAAUUCGUUGGAUGUCCUCCCAAACUCCGUAGCUCAGGUUGCUGCGGCGAUUGAAGAGAAGCGUUCACAUCACCGAAGCCACAAGCGUACAACAUCUCAAGCCUCUGUGCAGGUUGCACAGACCUCGGCAUCCCCAGGGCGAGUGACCGCGACUGCUCUGACACGACCAUCACGUUUGCAAGGUCGAGCCUUCGCAGCACCGAGGCAACAAUCUCUCGAGCGCAUGCGUGCCUCAGCGGUAGAUCUCCGACAUCUCGAAGAAGCCCUAGAACUUUCGCCACGGAAGCAUCAAGUUUCCAAGCAGCCCACCGAGGUCAAGCAACCUCUGCGGAGCAAAUCCGUUGGAAAAGAGAACGCAAGAACAGGUAAUACAAGGAUCGUGUCUCGGCCGGCACGAGAGAUUCACAAANAACCAAGCAACCUGGCCAUGGGCGGCAUCAGUGUGGGAAGCUGCACCAUACACAGCCACAACAACUAUGACAGCAACAGUGCUAGUUCUAGCAACGGCAAUGGCAUGAUGGAGUACAUCACACCUCCGUCAAAGCGCAAGGAGAAGUUUNUUUCGUCACCAGUCAAGAUCGAGGGCAUGGGCGUAGGCUCGGCUCUCAAACACGUCCGCAGUAUCGAUAGCUUCCGCAGCCACAAAUCGGCAACAGACCGAUGGCGAGAUCACUUCGGCAAGGAGAAAGAUGUGCUUCCAAGUCGAGCUCCCCCUGCUCCACCAUCAGGACCACUCAUAGACAAAAGGCCUACGACUCAUCAACAGCAUUCGUCAGUGCCAUUUAUGCUGGGCUCAACAAACCAACCACCACCAAGGCCAAUCAGGAACUCGCUUGAUCAAGAACUCAGAGAGCAGCGUGAUGAGCAUAUGAGGUUACCCGACAAAAGCAGAUUCGAGUUCAAAGCUGUUGGCAAGAAGAGCAGUACCGUUGGACUCAAGAACUGGCUCGGUGAAAGGCUCGGUCGGUCAAAUCGUUAA